AUGGGUUCCGCUCCAGAGAAUUUCGACUACAUUAUUGUAGGAGGUGGCACUGCUGGCUUGACAGUCGCAAAUCGUUUGAGUGAAGAUGCGAACGUCAAGGUACUAGUGCUUGAGGCGGGUCAAGACCACUCUCAAAAUCCGCUCGCUCUGACUCCAGGUCUUGUUGUUGGCAUGUAUGGCAAGCCGGAAUAUGAUUGGAACUUUAGCUCAACACCUCAGUCUGGGCUGAACAACCGGAUUAUCAACCAGGCUCGUGGCAAGCAGCUGGGAGGAUCAUCAGCACUCAAUUUCAUGAUGUUGCUCUACCCUCCUAAGGGCAGCCUGGACGCUUGGGGCAAAUUGGGAAACAAGGGCUGGGAUUAUGAUUCUCUAUCGCCGUACUUGCGCAAGUUCGCGACGUUUCAUGUCCCCCCUCAAAGUGCCAAAGACGCUGUUGGCCUCAAGUACCACGACGAUUCAAUCAUUGGCGAUGGACCGAUCCAAAUUUCCUACGGCGAAGGCUUCGGAAAGUCAAAUACGGUCUGGAUGGAGACUUUCGCUAAACUUGGCCUGGAGAUGAAAGCCGACCCAAGACACGGCAAGGCCCUGGGCGCAUUCCAGCAGGGUGCCAACAUUGAUCCCGCCACUCACACGCGAAGCUAUGCCGCCAACGCGCACUACACUCCUGAGAUUGCGAGUAGACCAAACCUGACGGUUCUCACAGAGACAGUUGUCAAGAAGAUUGUCUUUGAUACGUCAGGAGCUGAGCCUGUUGCAACCGGUGUGCUCGUCAGGACAAAAGAGGGCACCGAGCAGACACUGAGUGGUGGUGAAAUCAUCCUGUCGGCGGGAGCUCUCAUGUCACCCCAAAUUCUUGAGCUGUCUGGUGUUGGUGACAGGUCGCUUCUUGAACGCCUGAACAUUCCCGUUCUCGUUGAGAACCCAAAUGUCGGAGAGAAUCUGCAAGAUCACCCCAUCUCAACCCAGGGAUUUGAAGUUAAUCCCGACGUUCCAUCGAGUGACGUGCUCCGUGACCCAAACGUUCUCAACGCACUUAUACAGAUGUUUCAGGAUGGAGGCAAGGGUCCCCUAGGCCAGUCGAUCAUUAGCGUCGCAUACUCCUCCCUCGCUGAUGGAGAAGGUGUCUACUCUGAAGAUGCAAGGAAGGCUUUGUUCGCCUCGCACGAUCAGCACGCACAGACUCGGGAUGGCAAACUCCUCCGUGAGCUCCUUGAAGGACCCAACGAGCCGGCUGUGGAGUACUUUUUGUUCCCCGGACAAGUGCAUACCGUCCUUGACAACCCAGCCAGCAUGGCGGAUUAUCUCUUACCGACAAGCCCAGAGAACUAUCUGACCGUCAUGACAAUGCUGAACCAUCCCUUUUCCCGCGGCAGUGUCCAUAUCACUAGCGCAGAUGUUGACAAGCUCCCAGCCUGGGAUCCCGGCUUCAACUCGAAUCCGCUUGAUUUGGAAAUCUCUGCACGCCAUAUUCAGUUUGUGGAACUCCUUCUCCGGACAUCGCCGUUCAAGGACCUUUUUAAACCAAACGGCGCUCGUAUCCCACAGGUCAAGGGUGAUACUCUCGAGAAUGCUAGAGAAAUUGUCAAACAGAGUCAAGUUAGUGACUUCCAUCCCGCAUGUAGUUUAGCGAUGAAGCCAAGAAACCAGGGCGGUGUCGUAGAUGACAGGCUGAGGGUGUAUGGCACUAAGGGAUUGAGAGUUGUUGAUGCUAGUGUCUUUCCUAUCCAAACCGCGGGCAACAUCCAGACCAUGGUCUAUGUUGUCGCAGAGAAGGCUGCGGACUUGAUCAAAGAGGAUAGGAGGUCAAAGGCUUAA